AUGCCACGUCCACUCAAUCCGAAUAUCCCAGCCUUCAAUCUUGCCAUAUCCACUCUAUUCCGUAAUCCAUCACUCCUUGUCCCCAAUUAUACAAUUCCAACAUUCCUUCAACUUCCAGGAGACAACUUGGGUGCUCACCUUAUUCCCUCCUCGUACUUCUCCACACCAAGCAGCCAUGCUAAUCGACAUAAAUUCCCACCCAAAAUUCGUGCCCUAGUAAUCGACAAAGACAACACACUCACCCCACCAGAGUCCCGCAUAAUCCCCCCUGCCUAUAUGCAAAAGCUCAAGGACCUCCGUACCAACCCUUCCUCCCCCUUCAACAUGAAUAUUAAUCCACAUGGCAUUCUAAUCGUUUCAAACACGGCGGGGAGCGAUCCAAAUAUUGCACUUUACGAGGAAGAAGCAAAACAUAUCGAGUCGGUCUUGUCCCAUUUGAAAAUUCCCGUUUUUAGAUCUGGCAUCGCCCCCCCGAAAGCGGUUUGCUCCAGCGAAGCCUCAGAGUCUCCACCAACGCGUCAUUCGCUCAAGAAACCGUUUUCUUACCCAUCUAUCCUCGCCCACCUUCGUGCUCUGAAUGCUAUAGCUUCACCUGAUGAAGUUGCGAUAGUGGGUGAUCGCCUCGGCACGGACGUGAUUAUGGCUGGACUUAUGGGUUCGUGGAGCAUUUGGACACAGAUGGGGGUGACUGUUGGUGUAGAGGGGAACGAUGAAGGGAGAGAAGGUAUGGAUUUCAGAGGCCGGUUGGCCAAAUUGGAAGUGAGGUUAGAGCGGUACCUAAGGCGAAGAGGAGUUGCACCAGCGGUGCCAAAAGGGUGGGAAAGUCGAAUGUAA